AUGGCCGACAACGAAUGGGACAGUGUCACCCGCAUUGGCAGUAGAGUUCGAGCCGGUGGCGGCGCUGCUGAGCGCGAGCGAGUUGUCAAAGGGAGAACUGCCCUCAACGCAGCUCAACGAUCCGGCGCCAUCGUCUUGACCGAGAAGAAGUAUGGCGGCACCAACACAAAAUCAAACGUUGAGGGACAACAUGCGACCAAAGUCGACCGUUCCGACGAUAUCGUGCCUGUCAAAACGGUCGGCAAGGAAGUUUCCCUAGCCAUCAUCAAACGCCGAAACGAGAUGCAACCGAAGUUGACACAGAAGGACCUGGCCACGAAGGUCAAUGAGCCUGUGUCGGUAAUACAAGCCUUGGAAAAGGGUGACGCCCAACCCAAUCAGCAGGUGCUCGCCAAACUCGAACGAGUUCUGGGCGUCAAGCUCCGGGGGAAGGGCAUUGGCACACCCUAUGGCGCCCGGAAGGGCAAUUGA